CGGCGCCGCGUGUUCGGCUCCUCCUCCUGAACCGAUUCUCCUGAACCGAUUCUCCUGAACGAGUCGGACGUCAGCGGCUGGACGCCACGCAGGAGCGCAUCAUGGCGGACGCGCAGAGCAGCAGCAAGCUGGUGCCGGUCUUGCUCUGCUUCUCGGGGCUGGCGCGGCCCUCGGCUGUGCCCCUGGGCUCUGGAUCGGAGGUGCUCAUGCAGAAGUUUCUGUGCAUGUACGGGCCUCAGGUGGACGCGGAGCGCAGGCUGGUGCUGCAGUGCUUCUCGGAGGACUGGGGCCAGUACACGGACCUGCCGCGGGGCUUCAGGGUGUCGGGCAGGUGUCGGCUGAGACUCGUGCCUCUGCAGACGCCUAUCACGACGCUGGGAAACCUCUCGCCGGCCAGCACGGUCUUCUUCUGCUGCGACAUGCAGGAGAGGUUCAGACCUGCCAUCAAGUACUUCGGGGACAUCAUCAGUGUGGGCCAGAGGCUGGUAAUAUUGCUGAUCUUUCUGAUUAAGUAUGUUUGGAUAUUAUUCCUGAUGUGCUGGAGUUGCUGCAGGUCAUACACAGAUAGCACACGCACGUCUGCAGGAGGUUCUACUCGGCUGGCACGCGCGGGAGCCAUCGUUACCACCAGCGAGUCUGUUCUGCUGCAGCUCGUGGCCGAUAAAGAGCACCCAAAGUUCAAAGAGAUCCAGAACAUCAUUAAAGCCAGCGCUCCAGAGUCAGGCCUGCUCUCCAAGGUGUGAUCGGCCCAGUCUUUCCCUCGGCACACACACACUGGAACAGGCCACACAAACCCACCAGCACACGUGGUAGUACUGAAAGGGCUUAAUUUACAGUCAUGUAAUCCAAAAUGUAUAUUUCUAUAUAAUGUAUAUGUCAUUACUGAAUCGUGUCUGUCUCCAGACGAGCAAAAGUGUCGAAAUAAGGAAGUGUGUUCAUGUUACUGACACUCGCUCUGAAUGUAGAGUCAUUAGAGUCAGCUUUAGUUUGUAUGAUUUAUUUAGUUUGGUUUAAAACAAAGCUGAUGACUGAUCCAUGAUGACUGAUCCACAUCGUCCCUGACUUUGUAAGGCAGUGGAAAGCAUUAGUUUAGAGUGCUCCGAUCUCUUUCCUUCCCAAGAGAUGGUUGUUUUUCUUUUUUCUCUAUUUUAAACCUGUACGGUAUGAACCUCAAACUACCUCUCAUCUACACGUGCUGAUUCCUGGUUACAGCUUAGCCAAGUUACUGAAAUCAAUAGAACUGUCAAAUAUUCUUAUGUGUCACAAGAGCAACACCUUUACCAGAAAGCUGAAGCUUCUUCAGUGGAAGCAGAAUAUUAUUUUUAAGACCUACUGUUACAGAGUCGUUUUCAAGAGUGAGAGCAUCAGAUCUGCAAACAGUGCAACAUUUCCUGAAAGUGACAUUUCUGUGUAGACCCGUGGACAUUUUCUUACCCCACUGUUUGAUUUGGUUUAAUUUAAUUUAUUGCUCAGACCCAAUAGACUGCUCUAGCUCUAAAGGUGGCAGAGAAUUGUCAUUUAAAGUUUGAUUUAUUGAUGUUUCUUUUGUGUGUAAGUGUGUAUUUUUGUUGAAAUCAGCAUCCAUUUUGUUGUGUACAUGUGUAUUGGGAAAAAAUGUGUAUUUGGUGCCUAUUGAUGAACAGUCACUACUGAUUGUACUAAGCACAGAUACAAUUUAUUUUUCUUUCUUUCUUUUUUUGUAUCUGCUCUGUAUUGAUCUGAUACGAAUAAAUGUUAUAUACGUCCAAAAA